GAGCUGGGCGGCCGUGGGCUGUAUCGCUGAGGUUUGAGCCUGCUGGUGCUGGGUGGGCAGGGGGUGCUGCCAGCUUUGGAGAGCUGCCCGAUUGUCCUGCCGGGUUUUAGGCUGCUUUUCAUUCUUUGGCCGCGCUUUCCUGGGGAGAGAGGCAGCCGUGCAUGGAGGGGAGGCUGAUGGAAGUAGGGGGUGGUGGUGGGUGGUUGGACAGGGGGGGAAAGCCCCCUAUACAGGUGGCUGUUGCAUAGCAGGAUCUGCCUGCAGACCCUGCGAGCCCCCCUUCCCAGCUGCAGGCUAUUGUCAGCGUCGCUGCCUGCAUGCGAGGCACCCGGGCAAGGUGUAUGGAGGCGAUCCACGCCAAGACGUGGGGCAUCAGGAGGGGCAGGGGCAAGACCCCGGGCUGGGACCUCCGCUAGGGCUCCCCAGGAUCCCAGGAGAGGUUUCAUUGUGUUAUCCUGGGUCAGCCAAGCAGAAGGGCUCCGUCCCUGCGGCACCUGUGCGUGGGGCUGGGGCUUCGGGAGGCACCGCACGUCUCUGGGCAGACCUCAGCCCCACGAGAGCCUGCUGCAGCCUGGAGCCCCAGCAAGGCACCCUGUGGGGAGGGAUGCUCUGUCCCUGGGGGUUCUACACCCUCUUCCUGCAGGGUGGGAGGAAGAGCAGCAGCAGCAUCUCAUGAACACAGGUGCUGUGGGGCAGAGGGAGGUGUGGGAUCUGUCUCUGUAGAAGCUAUCUCUGGUGGUUUCUAGGAGCUGGCCCUUCUAACGUGGGCAGUGCCUCUUGCCCCAUCCUUCCCCUCAGGGCUUGGGUUUCCUCCCCCGUUAUCAGCACAGGGGCCAGCACUGAGCAAGGCUUUGCAGCUGCAGAAAUCUGGCACGGCAGGAGACUUCCCGAGGACCCCAGAGAGCAGCAUUUGCUCUUGCAGUGGGGCGAGGAUGCUUCCUCCCUCUGCAUCCUCCCUCUCCCUUGUUUCCACCAAGUCUGAGCUCCUUCCUUCCCAACCUGAAUCCCAGGGGAGUGCCAGAGCCACAUUUAUACUGGUUGUCUUUCCCUUCAGGCACAGUUUUGCUUCUCUAGCAUCUUUCUAACCAUCUUCUCUCCAAGAUUGCCACCUCUCCUGUGGACAGUGAUGAAGGUGGUCCCCAGCCUCACAUGUCUGUCUCUCUGCUGACGGCGAUAUGCCUGAUCUGCCAGGCUGUGGAGAAACCCUUCUCUGGUGGCAGCAUUGCUGCUGGUGCUGCCAUCCUUCAGGGUUGUGAUGGAAACUUUCUGCCUGCUGGCACUUCUCAAGCUCUGCUCUUAGCCUGUGCCAGGGAGCUUCUGGUUUUGCAUUUCCACUGGUUAGAUUUCCUUCCGUCUCCUUGCGUUCAGAUAGGACCAAUGGAGCUGUGACUUAUGCUCCAGGCAGUCUGUUUCCAACAGUUUUUGUUGCCUCUUCUCUUGCCUUGUUCUCUGCUUGUGCCAAGGAUGGUUAUUUGCCGUCCUGCAGUGACAGCCCCGCUCUUUCCUGGCUAUGUGGUUCCUGCUUCACCCCCAGUGAGCCUGAGAAGGUCUCCUUAGCACUUCCCAGGUGAGGGAGCAGGAGGGAGGAAGGCAGCAAAAGCUGGUGGGUUUGAGGUUGGUUUGGGUCUUUUUUUUUUCAGUCUAAAUGGUGCAAGGACCCCUACCAGCUCCUGGGCAUGGUGCUCUGCCCCAAGCAGCACUGCCCAGACCAAAGCCCGUUUUCACCAGCUGUGUGCCCCCCUGACUCUCUGGUACUGCUGUUCUGGGAAGCUGCCUGGAUCCCCACUGGGCUGCAGCCCAGCAUGUGGUACAGCUGCAUCGCCCAGCCAGGGACCCUCCCUCACCCACCACCGUCCUGCUCUCUUGCCACCAGACUGAGACCACGGUCUGUUAAUUCUGGGUUGCCCCUGGAAUGAAGUCAGCAGGCAUCAAAGCUGCAGUGCCGGUGGAUUAUGACCGCAGGGGAGCUGUGUUGCAUCUGCAAAUCUCUGUCAUGCAUCAAGGGCACAUCUGAGCAGAGCUGCUGUAGAAACUGAAGAGGUGGAGAGAGCACUGCAGAGGUUCAGAGGCACACAGUGAUGGUGGGAGCCAUUCCACGGCAGCCACGCCGCUUCUGGGGGGUGCCUCGCUGGCAGGUGUCUUCAGCUAAUUGUGCCAACGACCGCCCACUGCGGGACAAGGAGGUUAAUCCAGAGCAAAGCAGGGUUCUGCUGCAGAGGGAUGCCGCGCUGCAGUGUACUCCAUAGUGGAGCACUCACCCGGACGUCCUGAGUGAGGAGGGGUCCAUCUCCCACCCUGCCCUCAUCCCCUGUCCUGUGGCACUUUACGGCCCCACUCCUGCUGCUGCAUGGGCUGUUCUGACUCUGGCUCCGCUCGGAGUCCAGGCAAAUAAGGCUCCAUGCGGCACAUCCACACAGAGACGUCCCUGCCCCCGGAGCGCGGCACGGACCCCGGCCUGUCCCAGCCCAGUGGAGAGACACCCUUGGAACCUUCCUCGCAGCGCUGCACCCACCGUGGCAUCCUGAUGGGCUACAACGAGACGGAGAUCAAGCGCCAGAAGGUUUACCAGGUGUCCAUCUUCUCCCAUCUCUCCAGCUCCUCCGAGAGCACGGAGCAGCGGGCAGGCAGCCGGCCGGUCGUCAAGAGGGGUUACCCCGAGCAGCGAACUCCAGAGGGGGUGAGAGAUCCCAAACGAACUCACUGGGGUGGCGGGGGGGUGGACAGCAAGCGCGAUGGAGGCCCUGGGCAAGCUUCUCUGGACGAUGACGAUACCUUUGAGGAUGGUCUGCUGGUGGAGGAGCUAUCCCUGUGUGGGUCUGCCCAGCACUUCUCCCACAGCGGGCUGCGGGUGGUGGAGCACCGGUGUGAGGGCAGCCCAAGCCGCAGUCCCAAGGCCAGCAGAGAGAACAAGUCGCAGGAUGUCGUCUCCUCCUCCUCCCCCUCCUCCUCCUCCUCCUCCUGGCCCCAGCACAUUGCUUGCAGUACUUUGCACAAAAGAGAUGGUUGCCCUGUCUCAUCUGGGGAUCAGCCCACAGAUUGUGGGGAAGAUGAAGAGCGGGCAAGUGGCCACAACUUACUUCAACUUGAUUUGCACAAUAUUGCACAAACAGCCUGCUUGGACUCUGGUGGGAAGAGAGAGAAGGCGGGGAGCAGCCCAACUCACAGUAGCUGGGCUAGUGGAGAAGAGGAGUGGCCAGUACUGGCCAACAAGUGCAAGGAGCCCCCAGCUCCUCAGGCAGCACUCAGCCCCGAGCCCAGCAACCUGAGCUCCCUGGAGAAGACUCCCUGCGGGAGCAGCCAGCUCAGCAGCAGCAGCUGCCCGGCCAAAAGAAAGCUGCUGCCCGCUGGCGAGGCUGUGGCCGACUCCUGCUCUGAGGACGAGAGCUUGUCCCCACCAGCACGGAGGAAGAGGACCCUGCCGUGCCACCCGGUGCCCACGGCCUGCCGCAGCACUGAUGCCAAGGGGGCUCCGUUUUGGAAUCACCUGCUUCCCACCGCCAAGAGCUCUGUGGGUUGCACUGCAGUCGGAAGGAGGCUGAAGAGCGGGCUGCGCCUCAAAUUGCGACAUCUUCGAAACAGACUCCGGAGGGGUACCAGGUCCUCCACAACGUCCUGGGCCACCACUGCUUUCAGCCAUGCUCUGCUGGGCAAUUUUGAGGAGUCCAUCCUGAAAGGGCGCUUUGCACCGUCGGGGAGGAUCGAGGGGUUCACAGCAGAGAUUGGUGCCAGCGGCUCCUACUGCCCCCAGCACGUCACCCUGCCCGUUGACGUCACCUAUUUCGACAUCUCCGAGCACAGCGUGCCCUCGCCUUUCCUGGGAGUGAUUAACUUGGAGGCCUUGGGAAAGAAGGGUUACAGUGUCCCCAAAGCUGGAACCAUCCAAGUGACCUUAUUUAACCCCAACAAGACUGUGGUGAAGAUGUUCUUGGUGACGUACGACUUCCAGGACAUGCCAGCCAACCACAUGACCUUCCUACGCCAUCGCAUCUUCCUGGUGCCCGUCGGGGAGGGUGAAAGGGCCACCAUGGCCCCCAGCGACCCUCCAGGCACCGAUCCGCCCCGCAGGGUCCUCUGCUACCUGAUGCACCUAAGGUUUCACAGCUCCAAGUCGGGGAAGAUCUACCUUCACGACGACAUCCGGCUGCUUUUCUCCCGCAAGUCGAUCGAGGUCGACUCAGGGAUCCCCUACGAACUGAAGUCCUUCACGGAGAUGCCGAGGAACCCCUCUUACUCCCCCCGGGCCUGACCUUCUCCAUCCCCCAGGGCCACGGGGGACCCUCCAGCCCAGCACUUUUGGGGACAGAUGAGUAAAAGGGGCAGCAAGCAAGCACCGCCUUGAAGUAUCGCCCUCCCCACGCGCCCUGCUCCUCCUGAACAGCACGGAUGCCGUGCCCGUGCCCUGCGGCAGGGCUGGGAUCACGGAUGGGGAUUCACCAGGAGGGGCAGGGGCUGGGGAGCGGCUUGGAGGCUCAGCUGGAGCCGGGGUUGGGGGGGAAGAGUUGAAGAAUUGGGUGGGGGGCUCCGGGUAAAGCUGGUCCCGGGGUUGGGAGCAGAAAAGUGCGGGCAGAGUUUGUAUUUAUUUGUAUUUAUUGUUGCUGGGAGCACAGAGGAGGCUCGUGCGGAGUAUCAGAGGUGCUGUGCUGUUCUUCCCCCCCCACCCCAACACACACCACCACCACCCCCCAUCUUGGUCCUGGAGGGUCCAAGCGCAGGGCUUGCCGGGGGUUCGGGGCAGGGCUGUGGGGACCGUGAGGGUGGCUGGGGAUGGAAGGUGACACCUCGUGCUCUGAGUGGGGAUGUGUUACAAGCCCUGGGAGAGGCUGAGACUCGCCAGGAAGCAGCUCCUGGGGGGCCAGCCCCGCUUCAGGCAGCUUGGGGCAGCCUAGACUUGCCCUCCCACCCUUUGAGGGCAAGCCAUUCCCCAAGAAGUCUGUCAGGGGAAGCGGCUAUUGCCAUGGAUAUGACACGGCUGGGCUCCUGGGGCUCUCUCUGGGAGCAUGGGGACAGCCCUCCCAGCCCCACAGCCCAUGGGGCGAGGUGGCUCCCAGAGGAGGUGGCCAUGGCCUCCCCCACCCACCCAGGGGAGGGUGGGAACCCCGGCCAGGGUCCCGAGGAAGGGGAGCAGCAGUAGGGGCCAUCACAGGAGUGUGGGGCUCGGGCCUCCAGGAGGGGAUUUGGGGAUGAUGUGGAGAAGUCCUACUCACCCCCUCCCCACUUAACGCCCCCCCGGGCCUGCUCGCCCCUCAGCCCCGCUGGCUGCAUCCCAGCGGGGCCGGGGCGGGGGGGUGGAGGUGGGGAGGGGGAGCUGUACCGGUACUUUUCGUGUUCUGUUUCUAAUUUAAAUAAACGCCUGUUUGGAAACCCCA